CGACCUUACAAAAAUCCACACACACUCAACUCCAUUUCCCGCUCCAAGCACAAGCAGCCUCUAAACCCUAAACUCCAACAACAACAUUUCUAGGGUUUCUCUCCGCCGUUCCGGAGCUCCGAAACCUCCUCCCGGAACACAUGCACUCGGCGUUUCCGGAGGGUUUUGCUACCUCCCAGAGGCCGAGCUUGUCGCCGAGAAUGGCUGCUUUCGGUGCUCUUUCGCUAUGCCCCUAUAGCCUCUUGUGCCGGCCGAACCCUAUAAGAAAACGUUCCGUUUCGUGUUCCCUUGGCUCUCAAACUAGCAUAGGUACUGGUGGAUCUAAAGUACCGCGUAAAAGAGUGGGAAAAAAGGAAGGGCCAAAGAAAAGCAUGGAAGACUCGGUUCAGCGCAAGAUGGAAGAAUUUUAUGAAGGGUCUGAUGGCCCACCCCUUCGUGUUCUUCCAAUUGGUGGCCUGGGUGAAAUUGGGAUGAAUUGCAUGCUUGUUGGAAAUUAUGAUCGCUAUAUUCUGAUUGAUGCUGGUGUCAUGUUUCCAGACUAUGAUGAGCUUGGAGUCCAAAAAAUUAUUCCCGAUACCACAUUUAUCAAAAGAUGGAGUCACAAAAUUGAAGCAGUUGUUAUAACACAUGGUCAUGAAGAUCACAUUGGUGCGUUGCCUUGGGUAAUCCCAGCUUUGGAUUCUCGUACACCAAUAUUUGCAUCUUCCUUCACGAUGGAGCUUAUUAAAAAGCGUCUAAAGGAGAAUGGGAUUUUUCUUCCAUCUAGACUUAAGGUAUUUCGAACGAGGAGGAAGUUUAUGGCUGGUCCAUUUGAAAUAGAGCCUCUCACGGUCACCCAUUCGAUUCCUGAUUGUUGUGGAUUAGUUCUUCGUUGUGCUGAUGGUACGAUUCUUCAUACUGGGGACUGGAAGAUUGAUGAAACACCAUUAGACGGCAAAGUUUUUGAUCGUGAAGCUUUAGAGGAACUUUCAAAAGAAGGAGUGACAUUGAUGAUGAGUGACUCAACCAAUAUUCUCUCACCUGGAAGGACAACUAGCGAAUCUGUAGUGGCAGAUUCAUUGUUGAGGCAUAUUUCAGCAGCUAAAGGAAGGGUUAUUACAACUCAGUUUGCAUCAAAUAUACACCGCCUUGGAAGUGUAAAAGCUGCUGCUGAUUUAACUGGCAGAAAAUUGGUAUUUGUUGGCAUGUCCUUAAGAACAUAUCUGGAUGCAGCUUGGAAGGAUGGAAAGGCUCCUAUUGAUCCAUCAACUUUGGUAAAAGUUGAGGAUAUUGAUGCAUACGCUCCAAAGGAUUUGUUAAUUGUCACGACUGGCUCUCAAGCAGAACCUCGUGCUGCCCUAAAUCUUGCAUCAUAUGGAGGUAGCCAUUCUCUCAAACUGAGCAAGGAAGAUGUAAUCUUGUACUCAGCUAAGGUAAUCCCUGGCAAUGAAUCUCGAGUGAUGAAAAUGUUAAACCGGUUAUCAGAGAUUGGAUCCUCCAUUGUAAUGGGUAAGAAUGAGGGUUUGCAUACAUCUGGUCAUGGACAUCGUGGAGAAUUGGAAGAAGUACUUCGAAUUGUAAAGCCACAACAUUUUCUGCCCAUACAUGGAGAACUCUUGUUUCUGAAAGAGCAUGAAUUGCUUGGAAGAUCAACUGGUAUCCGACACACUUGUGUUAUAAAGAAUGGGGAGAUGCUUGGGGUCUCUCAUUUGAGAAACAGAAGAGUUCUUUCUAGUGGUUUCACUUCCCUAGGGAAAGAGAAUUUGCAGUUGAUGUAUAAUGAUGGUGAUAAAGCCUUUGGUACAUCGACAGAACUUUGUAUUGAUGAGAGACAGAGAAUUGCAUCAGAUGGCAUUAUAGUGAUCAGUAUGGAAAUUUUACGCCCUCAAAAUGUAGAUGGUUCGAGUGAAAAUAGCUUGAAAGGGAAGGUAAGAAUCACUACAAGAUGCUUAUGGCUUGACAAAGGUAAGCUCUUAGAUGCACUCCAUAAAGCUGCUCAUGCUUCACUUUCAAGCCUUCCUGUGAAUUGUCCUCUAGCCCACAUGGAAAGAACUGUGGCUGAGGUAUUGAGGAAGAUGGUAAGGAAGUACAGUGGUAAAAGACCUGAAGUCAUUGCCAUUGCUGUGGAGAACCCUUCUGCAGUUCUCGCCGAUGAGCUGAAUGAAAGGCUCUCUGGCAAGUCUCAUGUUGGUUUUGGGAUAUCAGCGUUGAGAAAAGUAGUUGAUGGACAUCCAAAAGAAAAUCAGUCCGAUAGGACACAUGCAGAAGUAGUUGAUGGACAUCCAAAAGAAAAUCUGUCCAAUAGGACACAUGCAGAAGAAGACAUUGCCAUUAGACAUUCAGAGAAACCUUCACAACAAAAUUUGGAAGGUGAAGGUACUGAACUCGAAAGAUUACUACUACCUGAGGAAGAUACCACAACUUCAAGUUCCAGCUUUGCAGAAGGACUUUUAUCCGAUUCUGGGGAUUCAGAUGAUUUCUGGAAAGCUUUCAUUACAUCAUCGUCGCCUGUCGAAAAAGCGGCAAAAGCUAACAAUGGUUUUGUUGCACGCUCAAAACAUGUGUCGCAGGUUGAGAAAGAUGGUAUUGAAGGUAGUAAAGACGAAUCCUUAGAAUUGUCAAAUGCUCAGCCAGCGUCUUCCAAGCCUGUGAGGCGGAAUAAAUGGAAACCUGAGGAGGUGAAGCAGCUAAUUAAUUUGCGUGGGAAAUUAAAUAGUAGAUUCCAAGUUCUGAAGGGGAGAAUGGCCCUCUGGGAAGAGAUAUCUGGAAACUUGUUGUCUGAAGGGAUCACACGAAGUGCAGGGGAGUGCAAAUCUCGAUGGGCAUCUCUGGUUCAGAAAUACGAGGAGACCAAGAGUGGGAAUAAAAGCAAGAAGAGCUGGCCAUAUUUUGAGGAAAUGGACAGAAUUUUGUCUGAUUUUGAUGCAGUGGCAACCAAGUGAUGGGCAGAGAAGGAUAAAGCCACUUGUACAAUUUUUUGGAAGACCCUUUAGCAAGAUACUUGUUCUUAUAAAAUCUGGACAGCAACAACCACAACGAACAUCCAUCAGAAACAUAAUCAUCAUAUCAUGGAUUUACGGAGUGGGUCUCCAGUGACGAACAUCGACCAACAAGACCUGAAUUAGUUUUGUUGCCGUAAAGCCUCUUCGUAUAUUGAUCAAACGAAUAGAUGAGAAAGGGGAGAGUGGAAUGCUUGAAAUGGGGGAAUUAUUCAUUAUAUAUGUUUUAAUUUUUCUCCUCACAAAUUUUGAAGCUAUUUUGUAGCUCUCAUUGGUUCUGUAGUCAUAAUUUUGAGAGUAAGAAAAGUUUCCAAAAAUAGCUUCUUCAA